AUGUCCACUACUGAAUUCCAGUUAUCGCACAAGGCUUAUACCAAAUUAAUCGUUCACGCCGCUAAAUACCCUCAUGCACCGGUCAAUGGAGUUUUAUUAGGCAAGGCUAGUGGAGACCCAAUCGUGAUCAUCGAUGCAAUACCACUCCUUCACCAAUGGACGAGCUUGAGUCCAAUGAUGGAAAUCGGACUGGAUUUGGCACGCUCUCAUGCAGAAUCUACAGGGAUGAAACUACUAGGAUAUUACCAGGCUACACAACGCUUAGACGACGAGGGACUGUCUGCCGUAGGUCAAAAGAUAACUGCGAACCUACGAGAAGGGUUCAAGGAUGCUUUUGCAUUAGUGAUUGAUUCGGCCUCAAUCGCUUCCACUGCCGCCCCACCCCUCAUUCCUUACACCUCCUCGAACCUCACACGUACGAGCUUUUCACCAACUUUUACACUAGCCGAGUCGGACUCUGUGGAACGCGCUCUCACUUUUGUCCGUAAAGAUUCGGCAUUUAACACAUUCGGCGAUUUUGAUGACCACUUGGAGGAUGUAUCUGUUGACUGGUUGCGCGGAGGUAUUUGGGGCGACGAGUUCAAAGGAUAA